AUCGCGAAUAUCGCGUCCUGAACUUGUUCAUCUCUUAUCCUAGUAUAACACCUGUCCAUAUACCUUUAACGACAUGUCUGGCCGUGGAAAAGGUGGAAAAGGUCUCGGAAAGUGAGAAACGCCACCGCAAGAUUCUUCGUGACAACAUCCAGGGUAUCACCAAGCCUGCCAUCCGCCGUCUUGCUAGGCGUGGAGGUGUGAAACGUAUCUCUGGUCUCAUUUAUGAGGAGACGCGUGGUGUCCUGAAAAUCUUUUUGGAAAACGUUAUCCGUGACUCUGUGACCUACACCGAGCAUGCUAAGAGGAAAACUGUCACAGCCCUCGAUGUCGUCUAUGCGUUGAAACGCUCUGGGAGGACCUUGUACGGUUUCGGAGCUUAAAUAAUACUUCUAGUUUGUUGUGUGCUCUAUAUUUACAUAUGUCUAGUGUUUUAUUUCCAUGUUGUAUAUUCCGUCAGAUCUCACUUUUAAGAGUGACCAUGUAUGUAGCCUAUAUAUCUUGUGCCUAGUACAGCGCAAAUUAAGUUGCUUGAAUAGCAAACCCAGUCAAUUCAGAGCGUGCUCCAA